GUAUAUAAGGCCCGCCGGCUCGGCCCAAGUCAGUCAUUCACCGGACUACCAGCCCAAUACACACACCAAACAUGAAGGCCUUUAUUGUGUUCGCCUGCUUAGCGGUCGCGACGGCUCGCGCCGGAAUCGCCCAUGGUGGCUAUGGUGGCUAUGGUGCCGGUCUGGCCAUCACCGGACGUGGACUCGGUCAUGGUGGUGCCGGUCUGACCGGUGGACUCGCCGCUGGUGCUGGAACCGCUGCCUCCCUCCAGGGUGGUGCCUCCAGCUUGGGAUCUGGUGGUCUUGGUGCCAGCUAUGCUGCUGGUGCGGCGGCUGCGGCUGGUGCUGCUGGAGUUCAGCAGAUCGUCUCUGGUGGAGUCUAUGGUGGCAGGUCUGACAUCGGACCCGCUGAGGGACCCAAGGCCAACGUUGGACCCCAGACCGGACCAUCUGAUCUUGUAGGACCUCAGGAGGGAGCCAAGUCCGUUGGUGGACCUCGCACUGGACCGGCCAGUCUUGUAGGACCUGCUGCUGGCCCAUCCACCCUUGUUGGACCGUCCCAGGGAACCGCCACCCUUGUAGGACCAUCCCAGGCUACCGCUAACCUCGUUGGACCCAGCUACGGAGGUGUUGCCUUCUACGCCGGAUCUGGUGGCAUCAACGGUGAUGAUGGAAGCUCUGGAGCUGCUGCUAACGCCGCGCCUGGUGCUGGACUCGGAAUCGGCAUUGGUGCUGGAGGUCUCGGCCUUGGCGGUGGUGCUGGCAUUGCUGUCAUCGGAGGUGGUGCUGGACUCGGUGGAUAUGGUGCCCUUGGUGGUGGUGAUGCCGGAGUUGCUGUGAUCAACGGACCGUCUGGCGCCAUCCACGCCGGACUCGGCGCUCACGGAGCUGUCAUCCCCGCGCCCAUUGGCAAAUGGUAGACGUUUUAAGACCCCAGCGAUCUCGGCUCGGCGACGGCGGCAAACCGACCACAGUCACUUACCGGUCUCGAACGAUCCUCAAACGCGCUCAACGUCUUCUUCCCAAAGCUUCGUCCAGUCUGGGAACAUGAUCGGGGCAUCCUGGGCACUAGUGAUAUGACCGUUAGACACUCGGAACACACGUAAAACGGUCGUUUGGUCGUAUAUAUGUACACCGCGAGCCAAUAAAGCGCGAUCCGAAGGACGGACGGAUAAGAUCGUAAAAGGACGGCAUCGAGAUUUCGGCCACACGUGAUUCGCGGCCUCGCGUCGUUUUCCUCGCGUUCUCGACCCGCUACAACCGGGUAAAAUUUAGUCAAUUACCGUUCAUCACGAGAUCAACGACCAAGGAAGCUCGGCGCGGGCCGCGUUUUAUCGAUCUCGGCACACGAACACCCACGCCGCUCCUCGACGAGCUUUCACCCGCGUAUUAGCGAACGUCGUCUUUCGGACAUCUAACUGCAUGACGCGCAUUCCGAGUUGCGACCGUGUGCCACACAAUCACCCCGUGUACACGCGUAUCACGCUGCACGGUCAUGAGCCUGGCAAGUGGACGAGCUUUGGCACUUCGUCACCGGACCAACUGGAUCUGUUCUGUUUUCUGAACAUUUACCGUUGUUCCGGAUGAACCUUCUUCUCUUACGUCUUCCACCAUCCGUAAGGCCGCCGCUCUUCACGCACAUAUCUAUUUCUCUCUUUUUCCACGGGUCGGUCGCGAUCAAACGCACCGUUCUCGGCAUGUUGUUAUACUUACCGCCGCACCCCAAGCAUACAUAUUAUUAUUACUCGCGUCUAUGCGCACAUAUGUUCUUCUUAUAUAUAUAUGUAUACAUAUUAUUACCUAUUACUUCGCGCAUAUAUAUAUAUGUAUGUAUAUAUAUAUGUGAACACAUUGCCACACGCGCGCACACAUACACAUACACUAUAUUUCUAUAUGUGUACUCGUAUAUAUACACACAAUUACACAUAUAUUAUAUAAUCGUGUUAUAUGUUAGUGAAAAGGAGAGACCGGUAGAUUAUGGUAGGUCAGCCUUUCUCAUGAGUGAAUGAAUGUAAAUAGACGGCUCGCCGCCGCCGGCCCCCGACCCCGCCCGCCCUCGUCAUACCCUUUCUUUGCGAUCACGACUAGCACCCCACCACCACCAUAGAUAGAUACCACAUAUUUAUAGCGUUUAUACAUUUAUACAAUACUUUAUAUAAAAUAAAGCAUCAGUAUUUAAAACUCA